GUCGAAUUCUGAGCAAGAGGGGAGUGAGAGAGUUAGAAGAAGAAAAGUUUCUGUCACUUUCGCAUACAGUAGCCGUCGGCCAGCGGUGCGAUAGGAAGAUGGCGCAGUAUCGGCGCUGUGCCACGUCUCCGUUAACUGCGAGGGGCGCCUUGAAACAUUGCUUGUUCUGCACUUUGGUCCUCUUUUCGGGUCUUCUGCCUUCGGCCGAAACUGGACUUUAUUCUCAGUCUGAUCAGAUCGUGCUAUUAAACCCCGACAAUGUGGAGUCGGUGCUCUUCAACUCUUCCGCUGCUCUGGUUGUGGAGUUUUACGCGUCCUGGUGCGGGCAUUGCGUGGCGUUUUCCCCGGUAUGGAAGAACCUAGCCAUGGAUACCAAAGAAUGGAAGCCUGCUGUGGAUCUGGUGGCCAUUGACUGCGCAGCUGAAGAAAACCGAAAGACCUGCGUUCACUUUGGCAUCAGGGGGUACCCCACCGUGAAGUUCUUCCACGCUUAUUCUGAGAAGGACUCCACCGGUGCUUCGUUCCCAGUGCACACGCAGGAUGUGAGCCACCUUCGGCGGCAGAUGAUCAGCAUGAUCGAGAAACACAAAGAGCACUGGCCCCCGGCGUGCCCCCCCCUCGAGGCUGCCAGCAAAGCCGAGAUCGACAGCCUCUUGGAGUCCAGCGGCGUGGAGCUCCUGGCGCUGGUGUUUGAGACAGCCAGCUCGUACGUGGGCAGGGAGGUAAUCCUUGAUUUGCUCCAGUUUGACAACAUAACUGUGCGGAGAGUCCUGAACACAGAGGAUGAGCUGGUUUCCAAGAUGGCCGUCACAGACUUCCCGUCCUGCUACCUCUACCAGGGAGGCAACUUCUCCCGCCUGAAUGUGCCCUUUGAGGCUCGUACCUUCUACUCAUACGCCCUCCAAAGGCUGCCAAGGGUAGUGCGGACAAGUAGGCCGAAGCCUGUGGCCCUCGAUUUGAUUCGCAACGUAACCGAACAUCCAUGGAGGGAGUUUAACAGAACAAACGUGUACAUGUCCGACCUGGAGUCCGCACUGCACUUCUCGCUGCGUGUGGAGUUAGCGUCACAUGCCACGAUAAACAAAGGGGCCCUGACCGCGCUCAAACGCUACGUCUCAGUGCUGGCCAAGUACUUCCCAGGCCGACCGGUGGUGAGGAAUCUGCUGCAAACCGCCAACGCAUGGCUGAAUGGACUUCAGGACUCGGAACUGCAGUACAACUCUUUCCUGGAGGUGCUGAACAAUGCGACAGAGGAUGCGGUCCUGCCCCACGGCGAGAGGUGGGUAGGCUGCCAGGGAUCCCAGCCGCACUUCAGGAAGUACCCCUGCUCCAUGUGGACUCUCUUCCACGCGCUGACUGUGGCAGCCAACAGCGCCUCUGACUCCAGGCCUCAGGAGGUACUGCAGGCGAUGAGGAUCUACGUCAAAAAGUUCUUUGGCUGCCACGAGUGUGCCAGCCACUUCGAGGGCAUGGCCCAGGAGAGCAUGAACCAGGUGAAGACGCAGUCGGAGGCCGUGCUCUGGCUCUGGUCCCGGCACAACCGCGUCAACAACCGGCUGGCAGGUGAUCUAAGUGAAGACCCCAACUUCCCCAAGAUUCAGUGGCCCCCCCCAGAGUUGUGUCCCAAAUGUCACGGCAUAGACAACGGGGAGCACAGCUGGCAGGAGCCUGAGGUGCUGUCCUUCCUCAUGGACUACUACUCUUACAGCAAGAUCCUGGACAACUACCUGCAGGACGUGCGUCCCCAGGAGGCAGGCCGGGCCCAGGGGACAGAGGACCGGGCGGCGCAGGCAGGGCAUGACACCCGGGGAAGGAUGGAGGCAAAGGAAGGGGAUGAGCCCACUUCAGAGGUGGAGGAGGAUAAGGAGGUGCUGGUGGUAGGGGAGCAGGAGCCUGGAGGCAGAGAGGGAGAGGAGGCCGCUGCCUUGGAGCUUCCUCCAUCCCAGGAGAAGGAGUGGGAGCGCCGGCCCAGCAUUGUGGGCCUGAGGCCCCGGGAGCCGCAGGAGGACAUUGUGGACCUGGACUCCUUCGUCAGCCGCCUCUAUCAGGCGAAGGACCUUCGGUCUAGCCGCAGGAAGAGGGCGCUGCGGGGCCACCGACCGGCACCCGAGGUGGCCUUGCUGCCCGUGGAGCCUGACGACCUCCCCGGGGAACAGAGGCGUCUCCAGAAGCGGGGUCUGACGGGGAGGUAUGCGGAGCUGGAGGGUGAAGGCAGGCAGGGGGCACGUCGCCCCUGGAUCUCGGUCCUGGCCCUCGGCUUCUCCCGCCUGGACGUCAGCCUGUGCGCCCUGCUCUACGUCCUGUCCUCCCUGUGUCUGCUGGCCAUGUACCGCUGCUCCAAGGGGCGCGGGCGUCUAUACCGCGCCAAGCUGGCGCUGCCCUGAGCCUCCGCUGCCCUGAGCCUCCGCUGCCCUGAGCCUCCGCUGCCCUGAGCCUCCGCUGCCCUGAGCCUCCGCUGCCGCGCCACCAGCCGCUUCUCCUGAGGACCUAUUUCCUCCGUGCUCAUCCGCAGGGCGGUUGGGGGAGGUGCGCAGAGCUUUCUUCCUGUUGUCUGUCCAGCUGAGAGGUGUUUCCCUUUUACCACGUGUGACCUAACAAACUUUAGAAAAAGGAAUUCCCAUUCUUAACUGUGAUUGUAAUUUUAAUUUAUUUUUAUUUUAAUAUGUGAAUUAACUGUGUGUGCAAAAUGUUUAACUGGUGAAAAAUGAAUUCUCAACAUACUCAUACCUGUGCAGUAAAAUUCGGCUGCAGACAUUGACAUUUGUGUGUGUGUGGUAACGGUUUGAUUGUCUGCCCUGUUUGGACUCUCAGCCCUUUGAUUUCCUCUGCAAGGAUCAAAAAUAUAUCCAUAAUUCCAGUCAUCAUGUUAAAUACCGACAUUUAAUUUCUUUGUUGACAUAGGCCCUGGUGUGUUGCCCAAAGCUUUGCACGAUGAUGAUGGUAAAAUCAGAGUGUUGUUACACAGUGGCCUGUAAGCCUGGGUAAAAACAUGGGAGAAUAGAGUUGACCUGUUCUCACAUCUAACUUUCCAGUUUCAUGCAAAUUUUUGAUAAGAAGGAAUAAAUUAAAAUACUGUUAAUAUAUGAUACUCCACUUGUGUCCCCACUUGUCCCUGAACUUCAGAUUCUAGAUGUAUGAAAUAACCCAAUAAAAUUAUUUUUGCUAAGAAA